AAAAUUUUUCGUUGGUUGGUCAAAUGGCUUAGUACUGAACCGGCAAUAGUCGUUGAAGCCAGUCAAUGAUGUAAAACAGUCGCAAAGUCGAAUGAUAAUGAUGCGGGUGAGUAAACAUAUUGUUAAUAGAGGCCGGCUUUUUCUAUUAUAUUGUCCGGCUCGCAACCCGUGUCCAGCUAUCCAUGCUGGACUUGUCAUAGGGACGGUGAGUGCAGUUGUUUCUUGUGUCUGAAUAUGUCCAAAACAGGAAUAAAUGCUAUUCUCCGCGAAGUGGACAAGUAUUUCCUUCAAAUGAAAAAUCAUCGGAAAAGCCGCUUAUGCGCGCGCAGUGCUGUCCGUGAAAUGACAUCAGAAAAGCUCCAGGUGACUGGAGAAUCGGAAUGUUUGAGGCAGUGAAGGUAAUCACGCCAGAAUUGUCAGUCUCCGGUUGUGGAACAGUGGAUCCAUGUAACUACAUUAUUCCAGGUGAGUAAAUUGUUCUACUGUGAGUACGAGGCGAGCUAAACCCAUUUGUUUAGACCCCGUGGUGGUAGCUUCUCCAGAAUGGCGGAAAGAGCUCCAUUUGGAACGAUGUGUGGGUUCUUCAUCUCCCGGAGAAAAGAACAAGCAUGUAAAACAGCUGGCUAUUGAAAGUGGGUCGACUAUUCCCAGUGGAUAAACCUUCUUGUUUUGGCGGAUGUAUCUGUGGAAAUCUCGGGAGAAAACGGGCAACGGACAAGAGGCAGCCAAACAGAAAGUCAGCAACGAAGCAAGAAGCACAAACACAGACUGGUGGCGCGCAACGGUGCCUAUGAUACAUUAAAAUUUAUGUAAUUUUGUUUAGUAUACAUGAUUUGCAA